AUGGAAGGUGUUGCAAACUUGCGAGUAUAUUAUAACGGUGAGGUUAUAACAAACACACAUGAAGGAGUGACUUUUGUUCGUGAAUGUCCGUUGUCAUUUGCCAUUCCAUGUACCAUGGGUUUUGUCGAGUUGCAAAAUGGUCUUUGUAAUAACAUUCAAAGCCACAUUUUGAAAAGGGUGAGCAAUCUUUUAUACAGAAGUCCUGUGCAAGUAUUUGGUGGGUUAAUACAGUUUCAAAUAAUGCCCAUCACUGACGAUGCUAAGCUGUACGUUGAGUUUGAACAGCAGUCGGGGAUGAGUAUGGUCGGCGACGAGAUCAAUGUUGAUGAGCUCGGGGAUAUAGAUUGGGAAGAAGAUAAUAAUGACAGUGAAGACGAAUUCGAAGCUAACUAUGAAGUCGAUGACGAAAACAAUGACGGAGACUUGGCAGGUAAUCCGGCGGUGCAAGAUGAAGCAAAUGCGAUUGUAAGUCAGCACCCGUUUGGUGUUCCGUCCUUUAUGCGGACUCUAGAUCUCGAAGUCAUGCAUGCUCCGGAAUUUCCUGAGUAUGCGAAUAUAGGUGAAGCCAACGUUGCGGCGGAAGAUGGCGAGUUUAGUGUCGGAAUAGAAUUUGGUUCAAGAGAGUCGACAUUCUAUGCGAAAUGCAAGGGAUAUGGUGCAGGGUGCGACUGGCUUAUCCGAGCUAGCUUGAUUCGAAAAAAAGCUUGUUGGGAGAUCAGGAGAUACAAGCACACGUGCACCAUGGGCACGAUUUCACAAGAUCAUGUCAAGUUGGGCUCAGACACAAUUGCAGAUGCCAUUAGGCCGUUGGUCGAAGCAGACCCCUCGAUAAAGGUGAAGUCUGUUAUUGCAGAAGUUCAAGGCAAGUUCAACUAUACUGUGAGUUACCGCAAGGCUUGGUUGGCAAAGCAGAAAGCUGUCGCAAAAAUUUUUGGUGAUUGGGAAGUUUCUUACCAGACUCUGCCAGUAUGGUUGAAAGCAAUGACAGUGAAGAUGCCAAGGUCUCGUGUUCAAAUUAAAACGCUCCCCGUUUACCGUGAGAGUGAGGAGGUUCAAGGUGUAAGAGUUCUACACCGCAUUUUUUGGAGCUUCUAUCCGUGUAUUGUAGCAUUCAAACACUACAAGCCACUGGUGCAGGUUGAUGGCACGUACCUGUACGGAAAAUAUAAAGGAGCACUUCUGGUAGCGGUUGCACAAGAUGGGAAUCAAAACAUUGUGCCUAUUGCAUUUGCGAUUGUCCAAGGCGAGACAGCAGACGCGUGGGAGUUUUUCCUAACCAAUUUGCGGAGAUAUGUUGUUACCAUUGAUGGUGUGGGUAUUAUUUCUGACCGCCAUACCUCCAUCGAUGCUGCAAUAGCUCGCAGUAGCGGUGUAUGGUCACCACCAAGGGAGUGGCACAUGUAUUGCAUCAGGCACAUCGGGUCCAACUUCUUAAGGAGGUUCAAGGCUCCAUAUUUACAUAAACUCGUGGUGAAUACAAGCUAUUCUAGGACGGAGCAGGAGUACAACAAAAACUACCAAAGGCUUAAAGAGCGGGGUGAUGCAUAUACUCAAUGGUGUGAUGAGAUCGGUGUUGAGAGAUGGGUGUUGGCAUUCGAUGGUGGUCAUCGUUGGGGACAUAUGACGACAAACUUGGUAGAGUGCAUAAAUUCUGUCCUAAAGGGUGCACGGAACCUUCCUGUAACUGCCCUUGUCCGGUCAACUUUUUAUCGGCUGAAUGAGUUGUUCACUCGGAAGAGUACCGAGGCUCAUGAGCGUCGCCGCAACAGAUUCAUGUAUUCAGAAUUUGCAACGAAGAGAGUCGAGCGACUUCCAUGUCGCCACGUGCUUGCAUGUUGCGCCAACCAACAUCUUGAUUGGCAAGUGUACGUGCACGAUGCGUACAAGAUGUCUGAAAUUUGCAAGGUGUAUAGAGGCGAGUUCGUUCCGAUAGGUGACCCCUCCACGUGGGAUAGAUACAAAGGAGCGAAGGUGAUCACCAACUGGACAUUGAGGCGCGCGACGAAAGGAAGACCGAAGUCAACUCGCUACUUGAAUGAGAUGGAUUCGCGUGAUAUGCGUGGUCCUCGUCGGUGCACUACAUGUGGACGCGAGGAACAUAGCCGCAGUCGAUGUCCUCAGCGCGCAGGUCCAAGCUCCGCUGGAGGUCAUUAG